AUGUGGGGGGUGGGAGGCCCCGGGGCAGCCACGGCGAGCGUCUCCUUGAGCGGCGCCCGGGACUGCUUCCUGCACCUGCCGCCUGGGCUGGCUUCCAGCCUCCGUCUGCAGCAGGUACAGGAACGCGGGGAGGGCGGCUUUAUCCGGGCAGAGAGGAUCAUGGGAAUUCGCCCUGGCUCGUUUUUCUGAGGGCCUUUUCUAUCUCCUCAGCCAGCCUCGGCCCCCCCCCCAAUGUCAUGUCGCUAUGGUAACGUGGGCAGCCGUCUCGUUCACACGUUUGCUCUCCUCGUCGUCUUCUGGCGACGUUCAGUCGCCCCCUUUCUUUCUCGUCAGCCUUGCCAGCGUCCUGACGUCCCGUUGCUACGGCAGCAGUGGGGAAUGGGGGGCUCGGGGGAAUCCUGUUUGCCCUCCAGCAUCUUGGCGCUAUGGGGUGUGGUUCUCAGGUGACUGGGUUCAGGAUACAAUGGGGCCUGUGAGAGACUUUAUUCGCAGGGCAGAAGGUAGAAGGAUACAAAAUUAAAGGUUCUUGUUAUGUCACGCUCAUUAUGUCGCCACUGCAGCUUUUAGGCGUGAGAGAACCUGCCAUCCUUUAGCUUCCCACAGUUCGUAAAGGAACAGGUGUCCCAUAUCUGACACUGUUGCUCUCUUUCACAGACAUGCGCACGAGAGUUGAAUCCUCUCCCCGCUUUACCUUAUACUGUAGAGGGUACAGCAGCUACUGCAUCAAAUUAGGAGAUGCUCUUCUGUAAGGGUCCUGGUAACACUAGUGGAACAAACUCUUAACUUCAGUGCAAAGAAGAAUUAUGUGAAGUGAUUUUUCCAUUCCAUCUUGCAGAUAUUCUUGAAAUGGACUACUGACAUUGAAAUUAAUUAAAAACUCAAUUUAUUGAAUUUCUCUGCUUACUUCAUAAAGGAACAAAAAUAUGCUUUCUGUGUCUAAACAAAUGUUCUCAAUAAAAACAGUUUAAAAGGUUAUUAAAAUCAAUAGUAGCCAAAAAAGAUAUAAGUAACAAAUGCACUUUUAGUGGUACACCCUUGAUUCAUGGCUUGUUAGGCUUCACUGUUGCCUGUCAGUGGCCUCUGUAGCAUCUUUCUUCCCAAUAUAUAUUACCCUUGCCAGAGGUCUGAACUGUUUACUUGCAGAGGGUUCCCCCACUCCAUCACUCUGUCCAUUUUAUCUCCCUCUCUUCCUGCCACUCCAUCCACCCUUCUUUUCUCCAGUCACCUCCCGCUUGCAUAAAAUUAGGCAAAGAGUCUCAUGUUCCCCACCCCUGAAUUGAACUGUACAUACAUCUUUGUAGAUGAAGGCACAGUUUCACAAUGUUCUCUUGUCAUUAACACCUGCCUGUUAAGCUGCUGCAGCAUUGUUAGUUGUUUUGCCAUUGCACUAUAUUCGUGUUGUGAAUCCUUGUAUAAAAUGUACAUGUUCGUAUGAAAUAAGGGCUGAAAAGCAUUUGGAAUUUCUACAGGAUGAGUAUGACCAAAUUGUGUACAAACUGCAAGACUGUUGGCCUGGUUCAGCAGUUUGGGUACAAAGGCUUCAGAGUUUGUGGAACUCAACCAAGCACAGCAAUUCUUCCAUUUGUUUCAGUAGAGGGAUAUGACUGUAGACAUCUCUUUGGAGACAUGGGUCAUUUUCUCAAUUGAAGUAGAUGAGGGAGCCCAUUCAUAGAAAAGCUCUGCACAUGCAUCCAAUCAAACACAGAACUGCACUAAUUUCAUUAGCAUUCCCCAAAAAUCAAUUUAUUAUCAUAGAAUUGCACAGGUGGAAGGUACCCUGAGGGUCAUCUAGUCCAACCCCCUGCAAUGCAGGAAUCUCAACUAAAUCAUACAUGACAGAUAGCCAUACAACCUCUUAAAAAUCUCCAAGGAAGGAGAGUCCGCCAGCUGUCAUGGAAGUCUGUUCCACUGUCAAACAGCUCUUGCAUUUACUUAUUUGCUCGAACGUGAAAGACACACUAAUCACAUUAGUGUUCCAAAUAAUGUAUGUUUUCUACAAGAUUAAUACAGUAUCCUGUAGAUAAGAAUUCUGUACAGAAAUGUGUCAUAUAAGCUUCCCCUUUCUGAAUAAUUAUUGAUGCUAUUUGCGCACUCACAUAAUAGAUAACUGGAAAAAGAAUUAUGGGUACUACAGGCUGCUAUGCUAUUUGACAUCUAUCUGUUUUCUGUGGCAUUAACAGGAUCAAGCUGUGAAAGCUUCUUGGGGCAAUCAGCCUGUUUUCUUGGGCUGGACAGAAAUCAGACAUUGUGGUCAGCAUGCUGGAAAUGUUGUAGAAAUGAACAGACAACUUGCAGAGAAACUUGGCAUCAAAGAUGGGCAACAGGUUUGGAAUGUUGACUUUUAUUUUCUUGCCUGGACUAGAAUAUUAAACUAGGCAAAUAUAUUUCAUAAUCAUUGGUCUCCAUCUGUCUACUGAGUAAUGUCAAAAUUCUUUUUAGUAAAUAAGGGUUCAGCAAACCUGAAUUGCAGGAGCUGGUGUUUAACAUUUAGGGUAACAUUGAAAAUGGGACAAAAAUAUAGAGCAAGUAACUUUGGAAAUGAGUCUUUUUCUAUGGCUUCUAUUCAUCUGUACAUUUUUGUUUCCUUGUAUCUGCAAAAUAUGCAGGCCCCAGUUUCAGGUUAUUCGUAUUCAGCUGUGCAAAGGCAGCUGUGUGCAAAGAUCUCAAUGACAGAUGGAGAGUACUGUUAGUUUUGCCAGUUACGAUCUGUGAUGGGAAACAGCAGUGACUGGAAUCAGCCUUCCCUCUCCCCAAAAGUUUAUCAGAACUGAAAGUACUUGUUUGAAAGCUUAUGUACACAACCCCUGGUUCUAAAAGCUGGGAUUCCCCUUACCUUGCCUGGCACAGCAUGCACUUAUUUCUACAGGACCUAAUCAAGAAAUAUAUAAUGAUGUUAAGAGCUGCUUCCAUGCAUGAAUUACAGCUGUUCUGUAUAAGGGUGAUUUGUUCAUAUUUAGUGAGUUGAUUGAUGCAUGAACGUGAACAUGUAAAAGUGUCUUCUAUCCAACCUUUUAGCAUUUGACAAUGUCCUGAACCAAGUCACAAACUGCUUUUUAAAGGAAGGCUGGGAAAUAGUUUGUUGAUUUUCCAAGGGGAACAAGCAACACUGCUGAACAAUAAAUGGUGAAAAACUUAAAAUGCAAUUUGGUUACAUUCAAGUGCUUGUGGUUCACCCCCAUUGUCAGCAACUCCAUGACUCACUUCAUCUCCACUGCAUUGUUUAUGUAAAUAUAUUGAGAGUAUUUUUUCAAAAAGGUUUAUUGUCUGGCAGAUCUUCCUCGAGCCCUGUUCUCAAGUCUUGUCCUGUCAGCAAGUAGAAGUGGAACCCCUCUCAGCCGAUGAUUGGGAGAUUCUGGUAAUACAGAAAUUUAAAUUAUUUAGCUCUCUUAAUGCUUUUAAACAGGGUGGUGUUCUUCAUUCCUGUCCUCUCCCACUCCCCCCACCUUCUACUGUUUUUUCUGAGUGUUUCCUCUUGUUGUUUUCCUUAUGGUUCAGAUCCAGUUUAGUAUACAAAUUUCAUUAUGAAACUCAAAUGAGUUCUAAUAUGAAAUGUUUUCUAACAUUUUGCAAUGUAUUGUAGGAGCUGCAUGCUUUCUCACUUGAAAGCCAUCUUCUUGACCAAAUUCGAAUAGUGUUUCCCAAAGCUGUCUUCCCAGUGUGGGUAGAACAACACACUUGUAUUUAUAUCCAGAUUGGUAAGUGUUCAUGCAAGUCUUCCUACAACUUUGCAGGAAUAAUUGUAAGGUGGCAUAUGUAUUAACUUGCCCCUCUUUAAUUCCAGUUACUCUAAAACCUGCUGCUCUUUACGGGAGACUGGAAGCUCGUACAGAGCUUUUCAUACGCCCCAAAGUACGUCAGUAUGAAGGAAGUUCCACCAUGCUGCCUUCCACAAAAAGUGACAUCUUACAGGACAAUGUUCCUAAAACCAUGUUGGAUCCAAGAGCAACAACCAAGGAAUCAUGUGCCAAAGAAACUAAUUUAAAUACGGGAGUCCAAGAGCCUAAGCCAGAUGCAAAGGCGUCAUUAACUGCAAGUGUCCUGCCAAACAUAUGGAAUUUAAUUGGGAACAUUUUCUCCUCUGACAAAGAACAGGAGGCUUCUCGUGACACAGGUGAACUGAAUGCUGCCAAAGAUGGGCUGCUAAACUUGAUUCACAUGGAUUCUGUUUUCAGAGUAUGCCAGAUUCAGCCCCCCAGUGUGCAAAAUACAUUGGCAACAUGUACAUUUCAGAAAUGCAACGCCAUUCAUGUAUUUCCGUGGAAUCUAGAAUUCCCUGCUUUAGAAGCUAAUAUUAAAGUGUCUUACGGGAAAAUCACUACACUGCUCUCUCCAAGACAGCAGCAUCAAGAGUCAAAGCAGAAUGUAAUGUCAAAGAAAGAAAAACAGAUGAUCAAUGGAGAAGACAAAAAGCAAUCCGGCCCUAGUAAAAGUCAAGAAUCCAAUGAGAUAUCUAUUGUACAAAUAAUAUGGAAUGGAUUUGAGGAUCUAAAGAGUGCUAUAAUAUGUAAUAACAACAUGGAACAACUGCAUGUCGGAAGAGUUUGGGUUAGUCCAAUUUCAGAAGCCUACAGAAGAUUAAAGAUUUUAAGUCAAGUGUUGAAUCGUUGCUUAAUAUUACAUCUUUUUAAAUGGUUACUUGGAAAUAAGAUUAUUUAUAAAGACAUAGGGAUGCGGGUGGCGCUGUGGGUAAAACCUCAGCGCCUAGGACUUGCCGAUCGUACGGUCGGCGGUUCGAAUCCCCGUGGCAGGGUGAGCUCCCGUUGUUCGGUCCCAGCUCUUGCCCACCUAGCAGUUCCAAAGCACUCUUAAGUGCAAGUAGAUAAAUAGGUACCGCUUUAUAGUGGGAAGGUAAACGGCGUUUCCGUGUGCUGCGCUGGUGCAGGCUCGCCAGAGCAGCUUCGUCACGCUGGCCACGUGACCCGGAAGUGUCUCCGGACAGCGCUGGCCCCCGGCCUCUUAAGCGAGAUGGGCGCAUAACCCAAGAGUCGGCCACGACUGGCCCGUACGUGCAGGGGUACCUUUACCUUUACCUUUUUUAUCCUUGGGAUCACAGUGGUACCAUCUCCAAGCCACAAUAGUUGUCUUAUAAUAGUUCCAUUAACUUCAAUAGGAUCUAUUCUGAAAAUAAUAAUAAUAACAACAACAAUAAUAAUAAUUCAUAAUUUAUUUGUACCUCACCCAUCUGACUGGGUUGCCCCAGCCACUCUGGGUGGAGCCCAACAUACAGUUUCAAACCAUUUAAUUGAAAUUGUUAUACUCCCUUACUAACUGAAACUGAGGAGUCUUAAAUUACAUUUGAUGGACAGUCAGGGUAUUUGAAAUCUUCAGGUACAUUUGAAAUCUUAAAAAAUUAAGUCAUUCUUAAGUUAUACAAACUUUGAGUACAACCCUGGUGGAUAUACCUUUGAAGUGUGAAAUGUGUAGAAUAUUCUUCAGCAUUUAUUCUUUCAUAUUUCUUUUUUUUUCUUAACUUUAUUUCAGAUACCAGAAGGGUUGAGAGGGAGACUACACAUAGAAAUGCAUUCAGCUGUCAGAAUCGCAUCAGUGAACUUGGAUCCUAAAAUUCCAUCAUCUAUUAGAUUGUAUCCCAAAAAAUCUUUAGUGAGUUUGCAUUCUUGACUGUAAUUAUUUGUUAAGCUGCUUCCAUGUGUCUUUACAAGUUGGUGAAAUUCAUAUUGCAUUAUGCUAUUAUUUGAGACAAUUUUUUCCAAAGACAUUAUCAACCUAUGAUUACCAGUUCUUCAUAAGAAUAUAAGGAGUUUAUUUAGACCAGGGGUUGGCAACCUAAAGCCCGGGGGCUGGAUGUGGCCCAAUCACCUUCUAAAUCCAGCCCUUAGAUGGUCCGGGAAUCAGCAUGUUUUUACAUGAGUAGAAUGUGUCCUUUUAUUUAAAAUGCAUCUCUGGGUUAUUUGUGGGGCCUGCCUUGUGUUUUUACAUGAGUAGAAUGUGUGCUUUUAUUUAAAAUGCAUCUCUGGGUUAUUUGUGGGGCAUAGGAAUUAGUUCAUUAUUAUUUUUUUCAAAAUAUAGUCCGGCCCACCACGUGGUCUGAGGGACUGUGGACCAGCCCACGGCUGAAAAAGGUUACUAACCCCUGAUUUAGACAAGUGAACUAAAAUGGUUAUUGUAGAUAAAAUUAAGAGCUUGAACACUAUCAAAUCAAAUAUUUAAACUUUUUUUUCAGUAUAGAUUUUUCCUUAGGAAAUAAUAAAGAAGGUAAUCAUAUUUUGGAUAAAACUGGGGCCAUUAGUAAAUCCUCAGAUAAUGACUUGCCUCAGUUCUUAGCACUUCUGACCCUUGUAUACUUGAAUGAGCAAAUGUCUGUUGUGUGAAAGUGUUAGGAAUGUUUACUGAACUAACAAUGCUUCUCAUCCUUCAUUUUAGAAUAAAGAUAUCAGUGACGAUGAAAUUAAAAAUGCCUUUAAUUUGUGGAUAGAGGAUUAUAGCAAACUUCCUUUGCUAAUAGCAGGCACGAAUGAUAUACAAUUAGCUCUUAAAGAUGGUAAGCUGAACUGCCCUUAGCAGUGAUUGUGAAUAUAUUUCUACCCAAUUAUGAAAAUAUAUUUGAUUUUUUUUUUAAAAAUCAAUUAAAAUCAUGAGUUAUUCAUCAUUGUCUUUUCAAUAUGUUACUUAACUAUUGUAUUUAAAUAAAGGUGCUCUCAAUAAAUAAAGAUCCAUAUUCUCAGCUAUGGUCAACCAUUAAAUGGGUCUUUGCCAGUGAAUCAAAGUAAUUAGCCACAAAAAUACUUACAUACACAUUGAAACACUUUUGCAUGAGCUAGGGUUUACCAGUGUAUAAUACAAGAUCUACAAGGUAUUAAAAUUUACUAUUUUGUAUCAGAAGCAAAUUGAUGUGUCCAUUAUGUUUUGAAAGGUAUGGAGGACUUUGUUCUCAGUGUCAUUACUUCUGAAGAGGAGAAGGCAACAAAUACUUACAUCCUGAGUCCCAGCUUGUUGCAGAAGACAAAUAUGCAAGUAAAUAUCACUUAUUUCAGGUAUCCAAUAACUUAAAUUAUAUCAACAGUGCAGUUCUGUUUAUUAGGGUAUCUUUUGUAUUUGUUUUGGUUUUUGACUCAUUGUACAUGAAGCAUUGCAGGAGAGGAGACUCUUAUGAUAAUCUGUACAUAAAUUCAGUCACAAUGAACAUCAUUGGAUGAUAAAUUCAAGUUCCCUUAAGAAGAUUAAGGAAAGGUUUUGCAGCAACCUGCCCCCAUCUUCCAAAGCAAGCUUGUAGUUCUCUCACUUCCUGAUUUUUGAAGUGUGUUUAUUGUUUUCUAAUUUUCAGUUUUCUAUACUGUAAUGACAACUUUAAUUUUCAUUGUAGAAUUGAUGGAGUGAAAACUGUACAGCAGCUUUCCUGCUUCUACUAACCAACCAGACGUUUUGGACGACAGGUCCCACUGCCCUUGACCAUUGGCCAUGCUGAAUGGGACUGUUGGGAGUUGUAGUUCAAAACUUCUGGAGAGUAUUGGGUUGGGGAAGACUGCCAUAGAGUCUGGAUGGAUUUGGAAUACAAGGAAAUCUGAAAAUCACUUGGUAUUUUAAAUGUAGUGUAGUAAUUAGAUACUUUUUAAAAAUUGUUUAUGGCUAUUUAUCCAAAGGACAAACCCACUACAAUCCUGAGCUUCUUGGGAGACAAGUUUCUUCUAUGUGAUCUCUUACAGUAAAAUCCCAUUCUGAAUUUUAUUGGAGUAUGUAUUCAGUAUUUCUCUACCCAUCCCCCCCACAGCAUCUUCUAAAAAGACACCCUCACGUCUAAAUAGUGACUGUCUUCUUUUGUGUAGGUUCUGGUACAUCCUAUGACCUCAGUAGCCAAUGGCAGUGGUGCACAAUCUUCUUGUGAGCAACUUCUUCCAUGGUUUGGUCUGAACUGUUUAGGGUGAGACAUUUUAAUACUAUCACAAAAUAGAAUAAAAAAUCAACAAUAAAAAGCUGUGCAAAAAUAAAUAAUAAAUGUGUAAUAUAAAUAUGAAGCAUUUUAGAUGUCAAUAACGUCAUAGCUAAAGAGAACAUUAGAUUAGCCCAAGAUUUAAACACACAUAUAGUUCUAAUCACAUGACUCAGAAAUUGGGCAAGUAUUUGGCACACCUGUGCCCUCUAAUACAGGUUUUGCUGGUGUGGUUGGUCUAUCUGAACACACAUACAAUGGGGUGCAGCAAAUAGUGCAGUUGUAUGCAGGAUUAUUUCUUCACAUAUGUGGAAACUUUUUGCAAAAUGAAUGUUUGACAUACUUGAUAGCAGACAUUAUUCUGCAGUUGCCACCAGUGUGUGCAGUACAGUAGCAAAUAUUGCAACUGGGUCAUUGGCUACAGUUCUAUAAAUAAUCGAGACAGAGAGUACUCUAAAAUAGCCAAGCUUUUAAUUUUAUAUGAUUUAAUUUGACUACACUACAUUGAGAAGGCACUCAAUUCUGUUAACAUUUCCUUUGCAGAGGAGUUGAUAAUUUAGCAGUAUCUUCUUUGAAGCAUGUAUCUCACAGCCUUUUGAAACGACCACUGUCUCAAAAGCUAGCUCCCAUAUCUGCAGGACUAUGCAGUGGAGGUAUUCUGAUUACUGGAGCAAAGGUAAAACUUUUACAUUUCUUUGUUUUAGCACCCAAUAAAUUCUGGGUUUUAUCAUUAGUCCAAUUCAAGUGGUUGUCAAUCUUUCUGAGUGUGUGAGUACAUUUAGAAUUUUGAGAGAGUGCCAUGGAGAUUCCUCCAUCUGCAUGCUUCUCUCCCUCCACCCUUGGAUCACUUUCCCCUUACCCCUGGAGAGGGGAAGAAAGCAAAUUGUGCAUGUGCAUGCACACGUACACGCUUUGUUUUUCCAAGGGCUAUAAAUAAACAUUGGAUCUGAUAGAUUUGAACAGAUUGCAUUGAAUCUGCAUGAUUUUACACCACCAGGUUAAAUAUUACAGAAACAGAAAACCAUAGUAGCAAACUUUGAUAGUUUUUCAAUCUGGGUAUUAUUUUAGGAGUUUUUAGCCCUGAUUUAUUUUACAGGGAAGUGGCAAGACAACUUUAGCAAAAGCCAUCUGCAAAGAAGCAUUUGAUAGACUGGAUGCCCACGUGGAAGUAGUUGACUGCAAAGCUUUAAGAGGUAUGGGUACAACUGUCUCCCUUCUUGUAGGAUUUUCAGAAUACAAUUAAACUAAAAGGGUAAGUUACCAAGUUAAUUAGAUCAGACCUUUUCAGUGGUGACUCUCAGCUUGUGAUCUGCUCUACCCAGGGAGACAUGCCUAGCACCACCCUUAUCUGUUUUUGGGCACCAGGUGAGUACUUUUUUCUUAAUAGCAGCAUUGUGGCCCCUUUUAGUUGGGUGAGAUCAGCAAGUCCUGAUCUGUUUUAUCUGUUCAGCUUUGUUUUUAGAUUUUUAUUGGAAGUUCUUUAUUUGGUUUUAAUGUAAGUUGCUUUGGGUCAUUUUGUGAGAAAAGCAACUAACUUUUAUAAUAUUUAUAAUAAAUAAAUACUAUUCCUAGUGUUUUUGUUAAUCAUAGCAACAACUGGUAAGAGUUUGGGCUAUAUUGAAAAUGUGUCUUGUCUGUGGCGACCCAGUAGGUUUGAACUUGGGUUUUAUGCCCAAACUCUGUGUCCUCCCCACUGGUUUAAUAUUCACAUUUUACGCCUUGCUGUUAUUAGAUUAGUCACAUAAGCAGGUAGGAAUCUCUUUCAAAAGCAGCAUCAAGAAUAUUGUCUGUAUAUGAAGCAUACAGCAGCAUCACAUGUUGCUGAUGGAGGACUGAGGCUGAGAGAAUGGCUUGCCUGUGACCAUUCUGUGAGUUUAUGGCAGCAGAAGGAAUUAUAUUAUUCUGCACCAGCUUUCCUUAUAUGUUCAGCAGAUAGAAGAUAGGAAAUAUCUUAAAGGAGAUCCACAAUAGGGUGGUUUUAAGACCUCUUGGUAUAAUGAAAAAGUCAAAUACAAGCUAGUCUCUGACCCAUAAUCUUGCCAAAUCAUAAAUUGUAUUGGAAGGUUGCACAUUUUUCUUCUGUGUCGUUCUAAUCACUAUAUUUGUUUUUCAGGAAAGAGAUUAGAAAACAUACGGAAAAAACUGGAAGAAGUUUUUCUAGAGGCAGGAUGGAAACAACCAUCUGUUGUUUUGCUAGAUGACCUUGAUCACAUAGUUGGAGUACCCCUUGCUCCGGAGCAUGAGAACAGUCCUGAAGCUGUCCAGAGUACUCGCCUUGCUCAUGGUAAUGGUUUACCAACCAUUACUGAGUUGUUUUUGCUUUAACUGUCCUGUGAUUGGAAACAUCUGACCUUUGCAAGGUCCUGAAUAAAUCACAAUGUGUUGUUCAUAGCUUCAUGAAAGCUAGCAAUAUUUUAAACUUUGAAAUGAAUUUUCCAUGCAAUGUGGAGAAAACCACAUUCCCUUCUCCUCUUGAUCUGCACGGAUCAACUGCAGAAUGGGGAGCUCUGUUGCUUGUCUUUAGAUGUGCUCUGAUAUGUGUGUGAAAGAGUAUGCAAUGGCCAUGGCUGUUCUUUUUGCUACACCCACUGCUGCCAUGCAGUCCCCGUGCUAAAAAGAAUAGCCACCUCUGGGAAUGUGCCCUGGCCCAAGUAAUAUUGAUCUUUAGCUUUUGAAUGUUUCUGAAAGAAACAGCAUAAUCCAGCACUUGCAUAAUCUUAGUAAUUAGCACAACUCUACAUAGUGUAUGUGUAUUUGCAGGUUAUAAACAAUAUAUUCAGCAUUUGGUACAGUGUUAUGGUUAAGGUUAUGAUCUUUUAUAUUAAAGCUGUAAUUCUUUAUAUGGAAGUAAACCCAUUGAAUUCCAGGGGACUUACUUAUGAGUAGAUAAGUAUAUGCUUGUGCUGUAAUACUUCUGGAUACAGUGUGGGAAUGUGCUUUGUUAGGUUAUUAACAGCUGAUACCAACAAAAUUACAAGCUUCUGGAACUUUAUUGGAACAGGCAAUGCACUGAAAUAAAAGAAGAUGCUGUUUCUGUAACACUAAAAUUGAGAGGUAGCUGCUAUUUUAUAUGGCCAUCAAUCCAUGAAGUUUGAAUUGAUUUAUAUUUCUGUUUCUAGUUUUGACAGAUAUGAUAAAAGAAGUUAUUUCCAUGCACAGUUUGAUCGCACUCAUUGCCACAAGCCUAUCUGAACAGUCACUACAUUCUUCCAUGAUUUCUGCUCAAGGAAUUCACAUAUUUCAGAGUUUCCAACAUAUCCAGGCUCCAAAUCAGGUAAAAGCAAUAAAUUAUGUUUUAAUCAAAGCAUCUUAAAACCAUGCAAUCUAAUUCCCAGUAAUUUUGUUUAAGAUCUCGGUAUAAAAUGUGAUACUGUAUGUUGAAUGCACAGAUCUGCAUUUUAUUAUUUCUUCAGAAUCUGUCCCUUUUAAUUAAUUUGAAAUUUGGCCAGUCUUCCUAUUUUUCUUCAAUUCUUUGAAGUUAGGCUACAGAUAAAUUUGCUGUAUUUUUUUUUUCCAGGGACAAAGAUGUGAAAUACUUCAUUCCAUAAUAAAAAAUAAACUUGACUCCAAUAUAGACAAGUUUUGUAAUCUUGAUCUCCAUCUAAUUGCAAAGGAAACAGAAGGAUUUGUAGCUAGAGAUCUGACAAUGUUAGUUGAACGUGCUGUACACUCAUGUGUUUCUACCAAAGGAACGUGUAAAAAAGAAGGUAUGUAUAAUAAUUUUAUGAAGUAUUCAGAAAAAAGUGUGUAUAAUAUAAUGUAAUAUUUCGGUGUAAAAAAAUCAUAAAGUGAAUGUGUUUAUCCAUUUUAACAGAUUUGAUUCUGUCAACAUCAGACUUCCAAAAAGCUUUAGAAGGUUUUACCCCAACAUCUUUGAGAAACGUUAACCUCCAUAAGCCUCAGGAGUUUGGCUGGGAUAGAAUUGGUGGUCUCAAGGAGAUACAGCAAGUGCUUAUAGAUACUAUCCAAUUGCCUGCCAAGGUACUUUUCUCUUACAGUUGUGUCUGUCAUUGGUAGGUGUUUGUAGGAACACAGACCUUUGAUGGUUCUGGCUUGAGGGGGUGACAGCUUCUUAAACCAAAAUGGACAAAUAUGCACCCAUAGUACAGCCAUUUCUCAUUCAUAUGUAAGUUUGCAGAAGCUGGAGAGGAGAACGGUACAGCUUCUCAGCAACGGUAUGUUAAAGGGCAUAAACUAGAAGAUCAUCCCUGACGGUUAUGCGCAGAGCUGAGGAAAGAAUGAAGAUGCAACAGCUGAGGAUUAUUAAGGCAGGAAGGUUCACGAAGAAGCCUGGGUGGCUUAUCUACCUCAGAUAAUUGAAUGACUAUGCACAGUGUUGGAGGCAGUUAUCCAGAGUUGCCAGCAGGGAGCAGCGGUGCUACAGACCUGGCAUCCUGUAAGCAGCAUGACAGCCAGGCCCAGGGACAGUGCAGGGCAGCGUGGGCACAUCAGUGAAGCCAAUCGGGUGUCCUGCAUCACCCUGCCUUGCCCUUCUACGUUCUGGUACAUAGCAGUGGUGCUGCUCCCAGGAGGCCAGGUUAAUAAUGGCACCCCUCUUCAUCAGUGGCUGCUAGGGGUGUAUUUUCCUUAUCUUCAGCUGCCUUGCAUCAGGCAUGGUGAAAAAAUGCAUACUUUUUAUGUGUGCCAAGUCCAUGCAAUCUUUUUUUUUAAAAAAUGUUCCUGUUUUAUGGGGCAUUCUUUGGACUCUAUGAAUGCAGACUAUUUCUUGUUAUAGCCAACAUGACAAUAUGAGGUAGAGAAGGUAUACCACUAUAUGUGCAGAGAUCCGUACACACCACAUUUGAAGUAGUUAUGAACAAGACCACAGAAAUAAAACUCUGUGUGUUUUGUUUUUGUCUAUAUAAAUAAUAGACAAAAAUAGAGACGCAGGUGGUGCUGUGGGGCAGAUUUUUUGGGCUUUGAUGAAUCACCACCCCAAGACCAGUGUAUUGAUACUGGGCACCACUGAGCCUCUUGGGCUUGCUGAUCAGAAGGUCGGCAGUUCGAAUCCCUGCGACGGGGUGAGUUCCCGUUGUUCAGUCCCAGCUCCUGCCAACCUAGCAGUUUGAAAGCACGUCAAAGUGCAAGUAGAUAAAUAGGUACCGCUCCGGUGGAAAGGUAAACAGCGUUUCCUUGCGCUGCUCUGGUUUUGCCAGAAGCGGCUUAGUCAUGCUGGCCACAUGACCCGGAAAAACUGUCUGCGGACAAACGCCGGCUUCCUCAGCCAGUAAAGCGAGAUGAGUGCCGCAACCCCAGAGUCGUCCGCAACUGGACCUAACGGUCAGGGGUACCUUUACCUUUGUAUCAAUAAUAUGCAUAUGGCUCUUUGAUCAUUAUUGGACUGUUUUGUAAUGCUCAUGCCCCAGCAGACUAAACUGAAGCCUGGAAAUGCAGAAAAACACCCAACACCUGUGGCUGAUAAAACACUCAUGCAAAUGUUAGUCUAUAUAUAGAUGCAUUUAGUCGCAUUUCAAAAUAAGCAUAGAGAUGUUAUGGUGACUCAUUGGUUUCACCACAGAUAUGGAUUUUGCCAAAAUUGAUAUUAUGGAGCAUAUCAUAAUAGUAAUCAUGGAACUACAUGAAUAAUAAUAGGGUUAGGGUUAUGAAUUAUUAUUAUUAUUCAUUUCAUUUCUAUACCACUUACGGUAAUAUUUUUAAGGAAAAAAAAUCUCAAAGCGAUUUACAAUCUGCAUUGACACAUCAAAGAAAGCAAUCCAGAAUAAAGCAUUACUGAUUUAAAACAUUACUGAAGAAAAGCAAGUAUACACUCAAAGCAACGUAAUUAACAGGAUAUUAAAAUACUACCUUAAAGGUUUCAAACAAAACAUUACAAAAGAGGUCAAUGACAUAGUGCACAUUUAACACAGCAAAGUUAACAAAAAAUAAUAAUCUUAAACAUUUCAAAAGAAAACAUUGCUAAAGAAAGUCCAAUAUAAAAUGCACAUUUAAAGCAGCGUAAUUAGCAAGAUAAUAAAACAUUACCAAUAAGCAUAGAACAUAUCUGCUGCUGCUGCUGCUGCUGCUGCCAGUCCUGCCAAUGGUGGUUCAUAGUGGGUGGUGGUUAUGGAAGCUCAGGAUCCAUGACCUCUGUCUGCACUAAGAGACUUCCAAGAUGAUCUCUGGCCUCUUCAGCAUACUGUAGGCUGAAUCCAAUUUUUCACACUUAGCUACCCUGCUCAGAGGUUCUUAAACCUCAUAUACUUUUUAAAGCAGAUGCAAUUUCUAAAGACUUCAUAUGUUUUCAGUAUCCAGAAUUAUUUGCAAACCUGCCCAUACGACAAAGAAGAGGAAUCUUACUAUAUGGGGCUCCAGGAACAGGGAAAACUUUGUUAGCAGGUGUAGUUGCCCGAGAAAGUGGAAUGAAUUUUAUCAGCAUCAAGGUAAGAAUGUGAGAUUUUUCAGAAUUUAUUGCAGUAACUGAAAAUACUAAGAUGUGUUCCAUAAGUCAGAAUCCAAUAAGGUGAUAAAAAUUAUAUGCUACAGUUUGUCUUUCAGAAGCUUUCAUAUGUUUUAGUAAUUUUUUGUGUUUGUGAUGCACACAUAAAUAUGGCAUAUGAACAUAUCUGGAUUAUGACCCAUGGUAUUUAACCUAAAGAAAAUAGUCCAAUUUUUUACAGUCCAAAUCAAUACAGUCCAAACAGCAACCUUAAACCCUUGGGCAAAGUAGCUUCAUUUUUGCCAUAGAUUUUUUUUUGGGCACACUACUUAAUGGGUUUCAAUUCCUUUCUGUCCUUCUGUGUGUUUGUUCUCCCCCUCCCCCUGCCUGCCCGCUCUUUAAUAAGCAGUGUUAAUGUGAUCCCAGUAUUGUAGAUCAUAAGUAGAAACUACUGGACCAGUCUCAUGUUCAAGGUAUGUUCCUUUGGAAACCUAUGUUUUGUAAUGUUUUUAAACUGUCUGUAAUUGCCAUAGCCCAAACAGUACUUUAUUACAGUAUGUUAUGCCACAGUUUAUACACUUUACUUUAUAAGUAUUGAUUAAUUAAAUAGCUCAGGUUGCAGAGAGUAUUCUUCUCUUUCUCUCUUUUUUUUUUUACAGGGACCAGAACUGCUCAGCAAAUACAUUGGAGCAAGUGAACAAGCAGUUCGAGAUGUAUUUAACAGGUUAGAUCCAGAUUUAUGGUGUUGCUGAUAGAUUCUGUUUUUGUAAGUAGUGCUGAAAAUAGAUGCUGGAUUUGUAAUGUGGAGAAGAAACAGGCUUAGUAAGUGUAUGUUGGGGAGGUGUGAAAUAACAAGACUUGCUGAUAUCACAUGUCCAAUCUUGGCAGGGUCAGUUUAUUCUUUUUGUCCUAAUUGUGUUGUAUUUAUUGCAGAGCACAGGCAGCCAAGCCUUGCAUACUUUUCUUUGAUGAAUUUGAUUCCCUCGCUCCUCGAAGAGGUCAUGAUAACACUGGUGUAACUGACCGUGUUGUUAAUCAACUGCUGACUCAACUAGAUGGAGUAGAAGGCUUAGAAGGUAAUGAUCAAAUCAUCUCUGUUUCUUCCAGGAAAAGGUUAAGGUGGCAUUUUAUUAAUAAAGUCGCUUUCUUUUUCUAAGGAGUUUAUGUACUAGCGGCCACUAGUCGCCCUGAUUUGAUUGACCCUGCUCUGUUGAGACCAGGCCGAUUGGAUAAGUGUCUGUAUUGUCCACAUCCUGAUCAGGUAAGAAACAAAACACUGUACCAAAUAUUGAAAGGAAGACUCACUUCUAUGUGGAUUAAUGUCCAUUCCAUGAUAUCGAUGGCUGAGUUUCCAUGAACAUAAGAUGAAGUCGUUUUGAAACAGAUUCAAGUUUGAUUCUAUUUUAUUUUUUCAUUAGAUUGGUGGUGGUAGAAUUCUACGUCAAGGCAAUGAUUUUGCAUAGUCUAAUGAUUUCUCUCAGGCCUUUCUCAUCUUAGCUUUGAUGCUGUCGUCUGUAGGCAUUGGUGUGUGUAUUCUAUGAUCUACAGGUGUGUUAAAAAAAAAAAAGAGAUCAGAAUGUGGUAGUGGGUACAGAAUCUGGCUUCCAAAGAAUCUCAUCAUGCUAUUAUAAAAAGCAAGUUUGCAAGUCCUUAUGGUUGAGAAGAGAUGCUUGAAAAUGUAUAGAAAAUUCAAAAUAAUGUUUACAUCACUGGGUCCUUCCCACAUGUUGUUUUAGCUUCUCCAGUGCCCUUUUCCUUAUUGGAAAAAUACAUGGAAGACUAAAAAACAAAACAUUAAGUACUGUCUAAGGGCAAGAAAUAAGUAUUUUAUUAACAGGGUUACUUCUAAUUUCCUUAGGCUUCCCGAUUGGAAAUUUUAAGAGCACUGAGUCAUUCUCUCCCUCUGGCACAUGAUGUGGAUUUUCAGCAUUUGGCAGAAAAAACAGAACAUUUCACAGGAGCAGACCUAAAAGCUUUACUGUAUAAUGCACAAUUGGAGGCCGUGCAUGCUAAUUUUGGUUCAACUUUGCCCCAGGUAAGUGCACUGAAAUUUAAAGGAUUUCCUUAAAAAUCCUUAAGAGUUUGCUACCCAUAACAUUUUUGAAUGGUAAAAUUAUUUCUCACUAAUAAUUAUAGGCUGCUUUUCCAGGCAAAUAACAAAUCCCAAAUGACUUGCAUUCCAAAUAUCCAAAGGAAAUAAAGUAAUAUAAAAUUUCAGACUUAAAACUAAAACUCAUCAACAUUCUUUUUUUUUUUUUAACAGAGCCAAAAAUAAUGCAACUCAACCAAACCAUCAUGCAUGGAAGGCCAGUUGAGAAAGAUAGUUUUUCAUGGCCUUCUGGAAAUCCUGAGACAUAGAAAUUCGAUGCAGGUCCAUGGGAAGAUUCUUUCCCUUGUGGCCACUCAGCUUAGCAAUCUAGGGGAUGGGCAUACCAGGGGAGACACUAAAGCAGAUCUUAAAGUGCAGGAAGUCCAGUAGCUUGGCCACAAUCUGAAACUGGUAACCUGGGCACUAAAAUACUUAAUAUUCCAAUUACUGUAAUUUGGCUUUUCAGGCGUGGUGCCUAGAAAUGUUAUGGUGAUGUGCAGCAAUUUGAUUGUGAUAUUGUUGUACAAUGAGAUCCAAAGAUCUGAAUUUUAGCAUGCCUAAGGAUUUAUGACUGCUUUUAUUUGAACAGCAAAUUUAUAUACCAAGGAUCACAGGGCAGUUUACAAUUUAAAAAACACAUAACAUAAUAAACAAAACAAUAACCCGCAUGGUUUAAAAGGCCACAGAUUGUUUAAUUAGCCAAAAACCUGAGAGAAGAAGAAUGUUUCUGCCUGGUGCUUAAAGAUAUGUAAUGAAAGCACCAGAUCAGCCUCCCUAAGGAGAGCAUUCCACAAACAGGGAGCCACCACAGAAGAGACCCAUUCUUGUGUUGCCACCUUCCCAACUUCUUGUGGGGCAGGCACACGAAGAAGGGCCUCAGGUGAUGAGGGUCCUGAUUUGUUCAUAUGGUGAGCCAUGGUCCUUGAUGUAUUGCAGUCCUGAGCACACGGCUAACUUCAGCACACUGCUAGCUCUUCCCUGCCAGAAGACCAGAAGAUAAAGAGCCACACAGACAUCCAGAAUGAGGGAAGUGCUACGGAGUUGGAAAUUCUAAUUUUGUUAAUUUCCAUCCGCAGGAAAUAGGUUCUAGCUCAGAUAGCGAUCUCAGUCUAUCAUCGAUGGUUUUCUUAAAUCAAAGCAGUGGAUCAGAUGAUUCUGCUGGAGAUGGAGAAGGAGGCUUGGAGCAAUCUCUAGUUUCUCUUGAGAUGUGUGAGCUGCUUCCAGAAGAUCCAAGGUCCAACAUCUAUCGUCUUUACUUUGGCAGCUCCUAUGAAUCAGAGCUCGGCAAUGGAACUGCUUCAGAAAUGGUAGCUGGCUGCUUUUGCUUAAUUGAUGCUGUAAAGUCAGAGGAAACAUUCUAGCAUCUAAAUGUAGUUGGGGGAAAACAGUGCUAAUUCAAUCUAUGUCAGUACUGGGUGAAAGAUAUAAAUUCUGAGUAACAUAAACUUGAAAUAUGAACUCAUUCUUCCUUGACCAAAAGCAGCAACAAGUCCUUUUCUUUUUGGGAAAACAAUGAGAACCUGUCCCACCCCCAUGAGAAUUGAUCAAGGGAGAAUCCCCUAUGAAUGCGCAGUAUUUAGAAAUGAAACAUACUCAUACUUAAACUUUCAUAUUACUAAUAAGUUAUCUGAUCAACAUAAUACUUCCUAAAGCUUAUAUUGUUUGAUAAAUAAUUUUGGUAAUGUAACUGUUGUUGUGAAAAACAUUACUGAAAUAUUAGUAACUGUAACCACAAAAUUGCUGACUAUAAUAAUAAUGGUAUUAUGUUACACCACCCACCCACUUGUCUCUACAGAGUUCUCAGUGUUUCUCGGGACCAAACUCCAUAAAUCAUGAUUUAGCUAGCAUCUCUCUGAAGGAUUUAGUAUCCUAUCAGCCCCCAAUUCUAAGAACAGCCUUACAGGAAGGUUAUCAAGAACUUAAUCAAGAACAGAUGGAGCAACUCAGGGCUGAAAUCAAUGCUAUCAAGACCAACUACAGAAGCAAAAACGGGGUAUGGAAGACUUUUUUGUUAAUUCUUUUGAUCUUUAGAAAUGUUCUGUUGUAGAAGUAGUAAUAGUAACUACUGCAAAGUUUUGCUAUUUCAAAAGAAACAUAGCCUCAGAGAAUGUCCUGAAGCAUUCAGACAAACUCACUGGCUCAGUUAAGACAUACAUCAAACUAUGGAUUACAGACCUUAACUAUGGUUAGUCAAGACAUCCAGAUUGGUUUCUGCAAACUGUGGUUUGGUAUUAUUUUCUGAUUGAGAAACCGUGAUUACACUUGUUGCACUUCCUCUUCAGGUCACCAUGCCAUGGAGUGGGGAUCUCUGCAUAAUUGGCCUGUUGUCAGUUGUGCUGGAGGUUCCUAGACUUCACUAUCUCCCCCCCCCCCCCAACACACACACACUGCGUAGGGUUGCCAAACAAUAGUAACCAAGCAACACAUGCCAAUUUACCUGCAGAAAGGAUAGCAUAUUGGGGAAGGCAGGGAAGAAAAAGCACAGCUUAAAUCAUGGUUUGCCUGUAUACAUAAGUGUAUACACUGUAGUCUGGUCUCUAGUCUAUGGUUACUGCAAAUCGAAGUUAGCCCCAACUUAUGAACUGGGCCAUUGUCAAUAUCAGGGAGUGAAAUACAGUAUUUUAUAGUACUUUCCCUUAAUGUAAUUUUUUUUUUCAGGAGGAAGUCACGCCUCCAUCAUCAGUACCCAGCAAGAACACUUUAAGCAUUACUCAGCUUCACCUGAUGACUGCACUUGGAAACACAAAGCCAUCUAUUAGUCAAGACGACUGGAAUAAUUUUACUGAACUGUAAGUACCUUGUGUCAAAGAAAUCACACAAAUUAUUUAUUAAUAUUAAAAAUAUGCUCACACAUGUUCUGGAACAGUUGCUGUUAUUAGUCUAUUGCCACACAGAUACCAUUUUCUGUCUUAAGGUGUCUACACAUCCUGAAGACUUUACUGAAGUGUAGUGUGGCGAGAGGUUUCAGUGAAAUUGUAUGAGAAAGAAGCUGGUAUAUACAUGGAGCCCUAGAGGCUGUGCUACCAAAGCCUGAAACAUAAGUUUUAUUAUCUUACAGAUUACUGAUAGGCACUCGUCUAAAAUGGCUGGAGAUUUUCUAUCAAAUGCAUAUGAAAUUUCUUUUAAAUUCCUUUUCAAUGGUGGGCCCUAAAUGUUGUAUCCAGUGUUGUUCUGUCCACUGGCAGAAGACUUCCAUCAGCGGAAAGGGGAGGCUCCCCCCCCAAAAAAAAAAUCUGCUUGGGGAAGGUAGUGCUGGAGGAACCUCUGAAACAGAUUUGAAGGGUGGGGCUGCAAGAGGGAGGGGAAAUUGCUUGAAAUUAUAUCCCGUCAGUGUGGGCACCAUUUGCUAUCACUGUAAAAUGUUUGAAAUACCUUUUUAAGCAGGGAUGAUUAUUGAAGUCAUGGUCAUGUUGACCUGCCAGCAGCUGUGCUGCUGUAUGAUUCCAGCCUCACAGCUUCUGCUUCCAGUUCCUCAUUGUGACAUCCAGGAAUAUGCUUAUCAUCUCCCUCAGUUGCCCUUAGUAGUGGCAGCAAUUUGUACUGUUGGCUGACUGACUGACUGACUGACUGAUUGCAUUUAUAUCACAUCUUUUUUCCUCUGAGGAGCUUGGGGUGGCAUACACAGUUCUCCUCAUUUAUCCCCCACAACAACCCUGAGAGGUAGGUUAGACUGAGAGACAGUGACUGGCCCAAGGUCACCCAGUAAGCUCCAUGGCCAAGUGGGAACUUGAACCCUGAUCUCCCAGGUCCUAGUUCAGCACUAACCACUACGCCACAUUGGCUUGCUAGCUGCUUCUGCUUCCAAGAGAAGUCUGCCAAAGCUUGCCAGUGAUUGUUAACAAAUGUUGUAAAAAAGUUUUCUGUGGACGUUAAACAUUUUCUUAGUUAUAGGUUAUUUGCUCUGAUUGUUAUUACUUUAAAAUUCUUAUUUAACUAUAAUGGAUUUGUUUAUUGCUUGUUAAGUUUUCCUGAAUGGGGAAGAGGGAGUUGAAUAAUGCUAAUAAAAACGUUAACUUCUACUUUUAAAUGUUUAUGCCAAAGAAGCCUCUUAGGUAUUUCUGGUUUUACUUAUGAGUUUGGCCUUCUUUAGAUUUCACCUGAAUACUUUUUCUUACAAAGCAUAGUUCUGGUGGUAAUGCACUACUAUUGUUGUUUUUUAGCUACGAUAAUUUUCGCAAUCCAAAGAGGAAAGGGCCCAGUGGAGCAACUUUCAAACCAGGACAAAAAGUGACAUUAGCUUAA